CUGUGGCGCGUGGCUGCCCCGCCCAUCCCUGCUCGGGGGGCGCGUCCCAGACCGGACUCCCGCGCUGCAGGAGGGGCGAGCGUUUGUAGCUGUGGCCAUGGGGGACUCCCCGCUCCGGACUCCAAGUUGAAGCGCGCUGGACUCGGGAAGCCCCUGACCCUUUCCCUCCCCACGGCUUUUUCACGGGGUCCCCCUCAAGCGGGAGGUAGAACCUCCAAAAUGCAGACCCCAAGCACUAGAUCUCUGCAUUUGAGUGAAUGGCAGAAGAAUUACUUUGAUAUCACCUCUGGCACCUGUACUCCAAGCCAGAAGGCAGAUGCCUUCCGUGCACAGAUUUUACGGAUUCAGUAUGCACUGGCAAAUUCUGAGAUCUCCCAGGCUUGUGCUACGAGACUCUUCAGAAAAUAUGCAGACAAAUACUCUGCAAUUAUUGACUCUGACAAUGUAGAGACUGGCUUGAAUAACUAUGCAGAAAACAUUUUGACUAUGGCAAGGUGCCAGCAAACUGACAGUGGCAAGUGGCAAUCUGGAUUAACAAUAAAUAAUGUUUUCAAAUUAAAUGGUGUGCAAGAGAUGAUGCAGGCUGGCAGAAAGUUCAAAGAUUCUCUGUUGGCACCAGCAGAUGCAUCAGUAGUAAUCCAUAAGGAGGUCAGUGCCUUUGGUUUUUCUAAACCCAAACCUAAUUGUACAGAACAGACAUUAGGCAUUCCAAAGAAACCAGCAUCCUUGAUCCACCCUCAGAAUAGUCAACUGCCCAUUAUUACCAAAACUACAGAUGAUUUUCCUGCAUCCUCAGUGCCUUUAGAUGAACUGCCCAGUGCAAAGUUCCAUGUUACUCCAUUAUUUGGAAAUGUCAAAGUGGCAAGUGAUACUACAAAAGCCAAUACGGCGGCAUUAAGCAUGUCAUUGAAUCAAACCUUUUUUCAUUCUGGGUAUGUAAAUCCUGGGAAAAAGAAGACAUUUUAUGAUUCUGGCAAUGAUGGCAUUGAAGCCAUUUCUAAUCCCACACUGAAUAAUACUCUUAGUAACACAGAAGCCAGUGGCCACAGGGUUGAGAACAGCCUGUCUAAUUUUAAAACUGCAAAAGAACAGCUAUGGAUAGAUCAGCAAAAGAAAAGCCACCAACCCCAACGUACACCAGGCGUUUCAUAUGGUGGAGUAAAAAAAUCUCUGGGAGCUGGCAGAUCUCGGGGAAUAUUUGGGAAGUUUGUUUCUCCCCUAGCCAGACAAGAUGGUAGAGAUGAGAAAGGAGGAAUGCAGUGUAAACCUCAUGGGACUGUGCCUACAGAACCAGCUCAUCCAGUUGAUGAACGUUUGAAGAAUCUAGAGCCAAAGAUGAUCGAACUUAUUAUGAAUGAGAUCAUGGAUCAUGGCCCACCAGUAAACUGGGAAGACAUAGCAGGAGUUGAAUUUGCUAAAACCACAAUAAAGGAGAUAGUUGUUUGGCCUAUGUUGAGGCCAGACAUCUUUACUGGCUUACGAGGGCCUCCCAAAGGGAUCCUGCUCUUUGGUCCUCCUGGAACAGGUAAAACCCUAAUUGGAAAGUGCAUUGCAAGUCAGUCUGGGGCAACAUUCUUUAGUAUCAGUGCUUCUUCCUUGACUUCUAAAUGGGUGGGUGAAGGAGAGAAAAUGGUUCGUGCCCUGUUUGCCGUUGCAAGAUGUCAGCAGCCAGCUGUGAUAUUUAUUGAUGAAAUUGACUCCUUGUUGUCACAGCGUGGAGAUGGUGAGCAUGAGUCUUCCAGAAGGAUAAAAACUGAGUUUUUAGUUCAGUUAGAUGGAGCAACCACAUCUUCUGAAGAACGUAUUUUAGUGGUGGGAGCAACCAAUAGGCCACAAGAAAUUGAUGAAGCUGCUCGGAGAAGAUUGGUAAAGAGACUAUAUAUUCCACUCCCAGAAGCUUCAGCAAGAAAGCAGAUAGUAAAAAAUCUGAUGGCCAAGGAGCACUUUUGCCUUAGUGAAGAGGAAAUAUGCCUGAUUGUUAAGCAGUCUGAUGGAUUCUCUGGAGCAGAUAUGACACAGCUUUGCCGAGAAGCUUCUUUAGGUCCUAUCCGAAGUUUACAGACAAUUGACAUUGCCACAGUCACGCCGGACCAAGUUCGACCAAUAGCUUUUGUUGAUUUUGAAAAUGCUUUCCGAACUGUGCGCCCGAGUGUGUCUCUAAAAGAUUUGGAACUGUAUGAAAACUGGAAUAAAACUUUUGGUUGUGGAAAGUAAAUGAAUGAAAUGAAACUUGAGGCAGCUAUUUAAUAUAUAUUUUUAAAACUUGGGAGCCAGAAAUAGUUUAUUUUUAGCAAAUUUGGAGUUCUUGGUAUUGCCUGCUCCUAAUCUCCCACAUUUUUCAUGAUGAAAUAUCCUUUGAUUUUUUUGAUGUAAGUACAUACUUUAAUUCUCUCUAAUCGUUAAAUGAUAGUUGAGGCCUACAUGCCCAAAAUGAGAAUUAGAUUUAUCUGUUUUUGAGAUUUUAUUUGUUUUGAAGGGACAACUCUAAAAGGAAUAGGACGUUUAAAAUGAUUUUUGAAAAUCUGAAGAUUGUAUUUGUGUAUGAAGCUUUCCUUCAGUCACAUCUAUCUUGUGUUUAGGAAUGGAAUGCCUUUUUAGGAGGUCUUAUUCUUUAAUGUUUUCUUAAUAGAGUGGUAAAAUCUAGAUUAAAAAAAAAGUUAAGAAACUUAAAUCACAGCAAAAAAAGCUACUCACCAGAAUCAGUACCAGCUAUAUGUUUUGGCCCUUACAGUUUAUAACCCAGCCUCUAUUUCUGUUUUCUUCCCUCAGCAUGAUGGGCUUUAAAAGAUAAAAAUAUUUAAUAUUAUAAUUUCAGGGGCAUGUGGAAUUUUGUUUUUGCUGCAGCUGCUAGAUGUUUGAAAAGAAAUAAAGUUUCUAUAGUAAAAAUAUGUAAUGAUAGCAAGGAAUGAUUUGGAAUUAGAACUAUUUCUGUAGUGUGACAUGAUAAAAAUAACAUUGAAGGUGGUCAGUACUUAGAAAAAUAUUUUGUCAGAUAGGAAAUUGAUCUUUGACACUUUACACCUGUCGCAAUGUUUUCUUUCAGAAGUAAAUAUUUUGUGUAUCUUUUGUAAUGAUGGAUUUAAAAAUGUGAAUUUUGGGAUAAGGUAGAAGAGCAAAAAGAUUUGUUUCUUCUUGCCUAUGGGAAAAGUACCUUUUUGGCUUAAAAAAAAAGAAUGCCUUUGUUUUAUUGGAAAGUUAUUUAGUAUUUUGUAUUAGCAAGUAUUUUAGGUAAUAUCAAAACCAGAGUAUAGUUCUUGAUGAUUACCCAAGUCUUCGAAACUAGGUAUUUUCUGUGUAGGAAAAAAAAGAAAUAAAUUAUGGACCAAACCAGCAUAGAAUACUUGACAUUCUGAGUUCCUUUUCCUAGGAGGGGUAAAAAUUUUUUAUUGCUAUUUCUAUCCUUAUGUGGAGUCAUUUCCUACCUCACCCUCUCUAGCCCUGAUUGAACCCUGUCUUGUGAAGAAAAAAGAAAAAACCAGUGAACGAAAACAUUUGAUGCUAAAACUAUUUGACAAUGUAUUGGAUGUCAUGUUAUAGGCUACUUAUGCCACAAGGUGGGGGUGUGUUUUAGUGUCUCUUUAGUGUUUUUCCAUUACUCCCAAGUAUAACUUCCUUUCUGUAGUCUUUUUAUUGCACCAUUUUAGUCAUUGUGUGUAUUGUUCUAAGUUCUGCUUAUUUUGCUUUGCAUCAAUUUCAUUUUCCCAUUUUUCUCUUAAUUCCUUAUAUUUGUCAUUUCUUACUGUGGUUUUUUCAGCCAUUCUUCAGGUGAUGGAACACAAUUUCCAGUUUGUCACAACCACAAGAAAUGCUGCAUUGACCAUUUUGGUGUGUGUGGGACCUUAUCUUUGACUUUUUUGUGGUAAUACUUGUUUUGCAUAAUUCUGAAUUAAACCAGGGCAGUUGUACGACUCUUUCAACAGUGCCUAUGGCUUCCCCCAGCCACUCCAAAAUUGAUUAUUCCUUUCCUUUCCUUUUUGCAUGUUUGCCAGUUUACAUGGAAUGAAACUUAAGAGUUUUAAUUUCCAUUUCUCCUGGUUUUAGGAUUUUAGAGUCUACUUACAUGUAGUCAUUUAUAGUCUACAAGUUUUCAUUUGAAAACUUUAGUGUCCUUUGGGUAAUGGCUUUUGGUAAUGUUUGUCACUUCCCUUUAUAUUUUGAAUAUCAGAUUUUUAAUUUUAUGUAAUCAAAAUUGUCUGAAUUCUUUUAUGAUCUCCUGUCCUUUGCUUAGGAAUUCUCUAAUCAUAGUUUUGUAAAGUACUUGAUGUUUUCUGUUUAUUUUUUAUCUUGUGACCCUUUAUAUUCAAGUCAUCUGUUCAUUUUAGAUGUACUAUUGAUUGUGUUGUAAGAUGAUAGUUUAAUUCUCAUUUCUGCCACGAUGCUUUCCAGCUUUCCUGGUAGUUCAUGUAAAAAAAGUUUUUCCCCAGUAAUUUAUCUUUUUGGGUUUGUCAGACAUUGAGCUAUUGUUUUCCAGAACUCCUUUCUCAAUAGCAAAAAUACAGCUUCUCAACUUCAAAUCACAGUGUUGAUAAUAAAGCUCUGUAAUUUUUAUAUGCUCUGUGGAAGAUUACCUCUUACCUGGCCAUCUCUGUGGCAUCCUGCUGAUCUCCAGCUUACUUCUUCUGGACCUCAGGCUCCCAUCCCAUAGGUCUAUGGGGUCUGACUAAUGAUCUUUCACCUUAUCUUUCUUAAAUCUAGGUAUAGUAAAACUAAUGAGCUUUAUGAAUUGAGUUUGACAAAAGUAUGUAGUGUUCCAUACUUUUAGACCCCUACUUGCAAUGAAGGUAGCUAAAUGCAUUCUUUUUCUUUUGCAGGUCAGCUUAGUGAUAAUUAUUCAGCACUGAGUUUUGUGUUUUUGCUCUUUCCAUUUCCAUUGUUUUAAUUGUAUGUACUUCGCUGCAUUGAUUCAUAUAAGUCACAUGCUUCUCUGAAUUUUUGAUAUUCAUUGUUAUGAAACAGUGAUAAUCUUUUA